AUCAUCGUAAAAUAUAUAUCGAUUGUUUUCAACAUAGUAGUUUCGUUGUACGCAGCUUGACGUAUAAUUUACACUUAAAAAAAAAAUGCAAACUAUGUAAGGCACGACUCGAGCGCGAUCAUAUCGAUUAAUCGAAAGUGAAAUAGACACACGCGGCGGCGCGUGUGCUACAAACAACCGAUCGAAAAAUCGUGACAGCUUUCUUAAACUUAUCAGCGAUCGAAUGAUAUGACAUUAAGUAGCAUAAAAUGGUUACUAGUGUGGACUGUAUUUUUAAUAAUGUUCUGCACCCUUCUUUGGGCUUCGAUACAUCUUGGUCAAAUUACCAUUUUGGAAAGCGACAAUAAUACUAACACGAACGAUCGAAAGGAUACAGAGAUAUCGCACAAGGACGAAAAGGAAUCGGAAUUAGAAGAAUAUGUAACGAUUAAAACCAUAACUACCGAUAGCGUUAUCGAAUAUACCGAUAGUUCCGGUUUUUGGCGUAUACUUCCUGGUAAUCAUACGAUUCCUCCUUAUCUUUUAACUCAAAACAAUGCAGAUCGCUUUACAAAGGAUCCUGAUACGGUUACGAACGUCUCCUCGGAAACAACGAACUAGAACAGUUUUAUGGAAGAACUAUGCGACUACGUCGUUUGAUCCCGAUAAAACGAAUAUCGAACGCACGCAAAGAUCAUCGAAUAGUUGAAAUAAUGUACGACUAAUGUAAAUUAUAAUGACGCAUAUCGAUUACAUUUCUUCCCUUCUUAAUUUUUUUAUAUCUUCGAUUCAUUCGCGACUUUUUGGACGAAAGAUUUCUUUGUAAACGACGAAAGGUUCGAAACAUCUGGUUCGUGAGAGAGAGAGAGAACCCUUAACCUGAUCUACGUAUAUUUUCUUUAGAAGGAGGAAGCACUUUUGCAGAAAACUUUUUCUUCUUUCUUUUCGAGGACACUGCGUUCACUUCGGCGUACGCUUAAGAGCAUCGGACGAUAUCUAGGAUUUCGAAUUACGCAACAUCGGCGAAAUAUCAUCUUCGAGUUAACGUCAAAAUGCGAUCGAAAUGCGAUCGAGAUGCGACGCUUCUCAAGCGGAGAGACAAGGCCGACCCCGAUCAUCUCGACGAUAGAUUCGACGCGAGUGAAGUUCGCAACGAGACAAACGUUCGUCGUUCUUUUUUUUUCGCAGAUCCUUCGGUUCAAAAGUUUCUCGUGUUGCUCGUUCCGACGGAGAUACGAAGGACGUUUUUUUCUUGUAUCUCUCUCUCCCUCUCGCAGCUCCUCGGACAAAGGUAAAAAGUAAACAAAGGAUCGUCGUAAUAGUCCACUUAGUUCCACGAAGUGCUCCUAGAGCGCACGUAACAAGGGGCGGAGCGAUCGCAUAAACCGAAUUAACGUUUUUAAAACAAUGAAACACGAGUAGAAGUGGAGGAUGUCUCGUUGCGUAUUCGAGCAUAGCUUGGCUCUCCUUAUAACUCUAGUAUGUAUCUAGUAUUUCUCAAUACGUUCGUUCGUCGUCCACGAUGCGCUGCCAUCUAAGAUCGAGUCGGUUUUUUUUCUUUACAUAAAACUCCUAUUUCGCUCUUCGACGACAGUGAUCUUAAAUCAUUCCAUCGGCCGGAACGCGUCGCGAUUACUCCGUCCAUUCUGAAUGCAAUGAAUACGAUAAAGUCUCGCACGCGAGACGAUAUACCGAUCAUCUUCGACAACUACAAACUAAAAUGGUGGCUCUUUCACGCGGGUCCUCGCCGGCAGGAGCUGCUUCAAAAGUUGAAACGUGAUCUGGAAAAGCUUAACCUUUCGAGAAGCGGAUUACGACAAGCUCUCUUACAAUUGACCACCAAAUCGUACGUCGUUGUCGAUCGAUUGUCAAAGGAAAUGGUACGCAGCGUCGAUGAUAAGGAUGGGACACAGGCUUUUGCCAAGCGUAACAAAUUCAUACCAUUUUUGCACGCUAAUGAAUGCAACCGGAAGAAGGACGAUAAGAACAAGAUAGAUUUAAAUAACACGGAAAAUAUUAAAAAAACGUCGAGAUGUUCUGAGAAACGAAAUGACAAGUCCAACGCUGAUAGUACAUUGCGGAUAGUUCCAAUGUCGCAUCGUAGAAAACCUCGUGUGGCUGAUAAUCGCAUUAAGAUACACGGUAGUAAAUUUAAACAUAAAAUUAAAAGAAGGAAAGAAUAUUCUUCGGAUAAAUACAAAGUAAAAAGAUGUAAAUUUAAAUGUGAUUAUGAAAAGCCGAAUGCAUUAACCGGUAAAAGAGUAUCGCUGCAAAAUAAUACAAACGGAGUAAUCUCCGAUAAUAAUGAUACAAAUACGUUACAAGUGCCUCUUCAAAUAAACAGACAAAGCUUAAGGUCUAUUUUAGACGAGUCUAAUGAAUUGCGCGAAAAAGAAUUUAGCGAUGAUAAAAGUUGUUAUUUUGCACCUAAAACCAUGGAGGCUGACUCCACUGUUUCAAAUGACAAAAAAAAAGAUAAUCUAAAGGUACGUAACGGCAUGGAUGUAACCGAAUUAAAAACAAUUCGGCCGUGUGAAUUAUGUGAAACCGUAAUUAUUGACAAAAUUAAAAAGAAUUGCAAUAUUUCUAAUAUUUUUAAUCAAACGUAUCCAAAUGCAAAUAAGAGAAAACGAAAAAAGAUUCGUGCCAAAUUUCAUGAAAUCUUCGAUCAAUGCCUCACGGUAAGCGAGGAAGAGGAAGAAGAAUCUAUAAUAAAUGCUUGGAUACGUAAGAGACAAAGAAAGGACUCUAACAAAUCGUGGAAUGUUAGUACAAAUAUCGAAUCAUCCGUACUUUUGGAUAAGACAGAAACACAAGAUAUAACAUCUGAUUUAGCAGUAUGCAAAGAUAUAGUUUGUAGAAAGACUUGUGAGAUUGCAAAUAUUGAAUUAGUGGAAACUAUAUUAAAUGCUACAAAUGUUAUAGAAUUUAAUAACAAUCAAACUGUCUGUGAUAAAGAUGUAUUUACCGUGGAAACCAAACUUUAUGGAGAUGACAGUAUCCAAAAAGAAAAUAUUAUAAAUUUUCCUUUGCUUUGCGAUAAUAAUAAGCAAAUUGAAAUAGAACUUUCUAAUGAAUUACCAAAUAAAAUUGCUAAUGUCUCUGUAAUAAACGACAUCGCUAAAGUACCAAUCAUUCUGCCAGAAGAUCAUGCUGCUGCGCGCAAGUGCGUGGAAGAGCAAAUUAAAAUAGACCUUUCUAAUGAAUUACCUACUAAAACUGCUAAUGUUUCUGCAAUGGAUGAUAUCGCAAAAGUACCAGUAAUUCAGACAGAGGAUAAUGCAACGCACAAGUGCGUGAAAGAGUCCGCUAAAUUAACAGAGUCGAUUAAUCUAGAAAGAGAUGCCUUACGUGAUUUUAACAUUUAUAAUCGAAAUUUUAAUGAUACAAAUGUUAAAGUAUUAAGUAAUUAUGCCAUUAAAAUAAGAACACUGAGCGAAAGAAGUAAUAAUAGUAAUAAUAGUAAUAAUAGUAGUAGUAGUAGUAGUAGCAGCAGCAGCAGCAGUAGUAACAGUAGUAAUAGCAAUAGUAGUAGUAGUAGUAGUAGUAGUAGUAGUAGUAGUAGUAGUAGUAGUAGUAAUAGUAGUAGUAGUAGUAGGAGUAGUAAUAGUAGUAAUAGUAAUAGUAGUGGUGGUAAUAGUGAUAGUAUUGAUAAUAAUAAUAAUAAUAAAAAUAGUAAUGAUGAUGAUAAUGAUAAUAAUAGUAAUAAUAAUGAUGACAAUGGCGACGAUGAUCGUGAUAAAAUUGUCUGUCAUAUAUCAAGAAAUAGUUGUAGCAAAGAGAUGCAAUCGGAUAGAGAUUCUGAUGGUUCGUGUAUUAGAAAUACCAUUUCGAAUACAAUUCUUAAUUCAGAUGCUCCUGUAGACAAAAUUUUAGAAAAGUCUAGAGAUAGAGAUAAUUGUUCAAAGACCUCAGAAGCUAAUACAUCCUUUGAUACACCAAAGAAAAUAGAAAGCGCAAUGAAUAAUUUUACAGAAUCUUGCACAAGAAAUGUUAAUGAUCACAGUAUGGAGAUACAAAUUGGAGUAAAACCAUAUUCCGAAACUACUACAAGUAUUCAAAAAAAUCCUAACAAAUAUAAGCAAAACGUCAUAGAUGAUAAUAUUUUAAAACCAUGUAAACAAGACGUAAACGAAGAUUUAAGUCAACUUUUACAAAUGGAUAUUAAUCAAAAUUACAGAAUAAGAUCCAUUGGUAAUACCAUUAGCAUUCAAGAAAAUCUUGAAGCGUAUACGAAUCAGAAUACAAUAGUAAAGGACAUUUGCAUUAGCAAUGUUACGAGUAACAAAAAUCAAUUAAGCACCAAUAAUUCUACAAACACAAAUGAAGAAACAGUUGCGGAGGAAUCUUUGCCAAAAUCAACGAUUGAUAUUUUUAAAGAAAAUAACAAUACGUCUAUUACACAAAAUGACAAUGAAAAAAUUAAUGACUCUUCGUUUCAUACAACUGAUUUCAAACAGCACACUUCACUUGAUUGUACUUAUAAUUUCGUGCAACCAAAAACAAUACAAAAAAAUAAAAUAAGGGUUCUUUCUAGCGCAGAAUUAGGCUCUAGAUGGUGUCCUACUCCUGUUAACACGUCUGUAACCGAACCUAACGUAUUGCUUAACGAAACUACAGUGCCCAUAAAUGAUAACGGUAUGCCAUCCAAGUGUACCAAUAUUAAACAAUUGACUAAGGAUGCAGCAGUAGAUAAGGACCCGUCUUUGUCUUAUAUACAGUUUUAUUUAAUGUCUAUUUAUAGACGUAUAAUGCGUAUACGUGCGCUAGAAAAAAAAUACUCGUCGAAUGGUCGUCGAAAUACGUCCGCCGAAGUUAAAAAGAUAAUAAAUAAUGAUAUGCAGUUUAAUUCAAAUUUUGUAGUACUUCUCGAAGAAUUACUUAAUUUAGGUAAGGAAUUGAAAAUAAGUGAUUUAAAAAAAGUUACACGAUAUGCAGCAUCAGCUAUUAACAAAUGUUUCUUAUCAUCCAAAUAUAAGCCAAUAUCAUUGCGAGAAAUUUCUAAUUACAUGACAGUAUUCGACAAAUCAAUCUCUCAAACAUUUACAUUUGCCCCUAAUAAUACGCCUACAUCCAUUUCAAGUAAUGCGUUUACGUUUACUUUUAAUAAUGCAUCCAAAUCUACUUCUAGUAACGCAUCUACAUCUGCUUUUAGUAAUGCGUUUACAUCUACUUCUAAUAACGUAUCCACAUCUAUUGCACCUGUUCCCAAGAUAUCAAACAGUGCUAAUAACGCUGCGCAAGCCGUUUUAUCGAACGUACAUGUCCCAGCAGCGACAGAAGUUCAAGCAAUUUACAACGAUUUACCAAAGAAAAAUGUAUACGCUUCUGUUGCUUCAAAUCAAAAUCAAGAAUGCAAUGUACCAAAUUUACAAACAUUGCAAAACUCCAAUACAUCGAUUUUAUACGCUCCACCGCCGGUGCAGUCUAUGUAUAAAAACGUGCAAUUGUUACAAGAAAAUCGAAUGUAUAAUUACGGUCAACGUGCGAUCCAGCAACAAUUUAUGCCAGCAGUUACAUUUUAUAACGCUGCUAAUUCAAAUGUUAUGCAAUCACAUAAUAAUAAAUACACUACUCGAAGAUUAAAUUUAAAUCAAAAUUUACAAGGUUUUAUCAGGAACAAUGCGGAAUACGCAUCUCAAAUGGCAGGUCAAUCAAAUAUACCGCAAAGAAUCGACAAUACAAGAGAUAUGUCUAAAUUGUCUUAUACCCAACAAGUGCCGCAACAAAUCACUCUAUCGUAUAACGUACCACAAAGGCUUCCUCCAAUCCAAAUGGCACAGAAUAUUCAAAACUCGCAAAUUUCAUGCUCCAUGACAUUGUCCGCGCAACUCCCAACGAUACAUUUCAAUAAUUCAGAGAAUUUACAGCAAAGAAUAAAUACGAUUCCGUGCGAAUUGUUACUUCAAAUAUGGGAUCAAGUAACAUUUUGUCUCGAAGAAAAUUUUUUCGAUUGUAGAGCGCAUGAGAUUUACGAUAAGGGCUCUUGUAUUUUAAAACUAUUUCAUAUGGGGUGGAAGGAGAAAAUAUAUAAAUUUAUUCGCUACAAAUCCCAACGUGGUGAGUUUGUAGCGCUUCAAAGUAAGCUAGCUAAAUAUAUAUAUAAAACGGCAGUAAUAGAAACUCAAAAGAGAAUAUGCCAACUAUAUUUGCAAAAACAGGAAUCUCAAGAGCGAUCGGAUACAACGAAGAUUUUAAUUCAAGAUAUGACAAGUAAAAAUAAUGUAUCGUCCGUAAAUUUAGAAACACAAUAUCCAUCGAAAACAGAAGCAAGGAAGUCUAAAUCACAAAGAGUAGACAAUGUAGAACUGAAAAAACAAUCCGAUUUACAUUCAUUAAAAAGUGCAGUGGAACGUAUACUUGGAAAUGACACAAUAUCAAGUAUUUUGCAAAAUAAUAAUUCAUUGCUUAUUGACAGUAACAAAUUUGACAAUAAACCAGUUUCAAUCGAUGAUGAAAUGGAUCAUAAUGGAGGAAUUAAAAACGUAAUAGAUGAUAUAACUUUAGAAAGUAAAACUAAAAAUGAAGAAAAUGUAUCAUUAUCUCGAGAGGAAUCGGUUGAAAUAUUGUCGUCUACUUCAACAAAUAAGGGCGUAAGGCUUGAAGAGUUUCAAUUGUACGUGAAAGAAGAAAGUUUAUCGCCCAAGCGGAAUAUUACGGAUGAUAUUGAUCAUCGGCAAGUUGAUUCGACCGAAAGUGCAAUCUCGUCUGAACCACAUAUAAUAGACGUACGAAGCAUAUCUCCAACUUCGUUUAAUACCAUGGAAGAAGUUUUGGCUUUACCUUUGAACGACUUGCAAUUAUCUACUACCGAGGAUACUAAAGAGAAUGGAAUUGAAAUAAAAAUUCAAAUUCCAGAAGAUGUAAUCUGUUUAAAUUGUUCUAAGAUAAGUACAGUUGUCUGUGAAGUUUGUUUAGAAGCUCAUUAUUGUUCCAAAGAAUGCGCAGCAUCGCAUUGGAUAGAAAAACAUCAUAAAUAUUGUAUGCCCCAUCGUGUAACGGUAUCAGAAAAUGAUGACAAAAAAGUUUAGCGCUGAUGACUCAAAAACAUAAAAUUUUGAC